UGCCUGAGGGACAGGGACCUGCGGCCUGCAGUGGCUGCCCCGCCUCAUGCCUCAGGCCUGGCGCCGCCAGCCGCUCCCGGCCCGGGGCGGAUGGAUGAUUGGAGGCCAUGAAUUCCAGAAACACAUUUUCGGAAGUGAGGAGAGGGUACCUAGCUGGCAAACCAAACUCCUGGCAGCCCUCGCGGAUCCUUGUUGUGGAGGCCGUGCCACCUUUUUGGGCCAACACCUGCUCCAAGCUUUGCGAAGCACUGGAAAACGUAUUCUGCCUGGCGUGUAGCUUGGCAGGGCCCUGUCGCAUCCCGCUGCUCAGCCUGUACGUGGUUCAGAACCAGCACGAGUGCCUGCUUCCCUUUGUGCAAGUGAAAGAAAGCUUCACUCGGCUUCAGACCUGUCUGUCAGAGCUCCGCUCCUUGCCCAGAGAGGGCUCUUUCCGGCUGAAGGGGGAAGGCAUGAUGCAGGCAGUGCAGGAUGGUCUCCAGCAGUUUAAACAAUACACCCGACACGCGACAGCAGGGAGCUCAGUGAACAGCUCUGUGGAGAUUACAGUUGUGACCAGCCAGGCUGGAGCAGAGAUAGUGAAGCAGCUGGAAGCAGGGUUAAAAGACAUAGAUCUGGUGUGUCUGCGGAGACUGCAGGUCGUUGAGAUCUCCAGGGGAGACAUCCCUGAGGCCGUGGAUGUGGAUGUGGAGUGGAGCGCACAGGCUGCGGAUGAGGCCAGCAGCAAUGACACCUCAAUCCUGGGCAUGGACAUUGACCUGCAGACCCUCGAGAACGACGUGGUCAGCUUGGAGACCUUCUUCAAAACCUGGCUGCACGACCAUGGCACAGACUGCGAGCAGCUCCAUCUCCUCCUCCCUGCAGCAGGCACUGCUCACCAUGCUGCCCCCAGGACCAGCCUAGCAUGUGUAAAGUGCGACAUUCAUGAACGGAUCCUCAGCCCAGCCCUGCUCCCCCAGGCAGCCAACGUCACCGUGAGGACAGACGACCCGAGCACACCCCUGCAGCUGGCAGCCGGUCCAUCCGCCUCGCCAUACAGGCUCAGGGCCAUCAAGGCUCUGAAGCGUGAGGGGGUCUGUGAGUCCGUGCUGUAUGGGCUGCCCUUCAUCAUCAAGCCGACGAGCUGCUGGCAGCUGGACUGGGACGAGCUGGAGAUGAACCAGCACCACUUCCACGCACUGUGUCACAGUCUGCUGAAACGGGACUGGAUGCUCCUGGCCAAACGUGAGCCGCAGAGUGCAAGCCCCAGCUGGAGCAUCGUGGCAACCUCCUACUAUGCCAUCAUCCCCUCCGACUCCUCCACGCUGCUGCUCAGAGCCAUUGCGGUCAGAGAGCUCCUGCUGCCCUGUGCAUUCCCAGCCCUCAGUGCUGAGCUACCCGAGGCCGCGCUGAGCACCAUUGAGGCAAGUUGGGGUCUGCACAUGGGGCUGGAGAGCCAGGAGCAGUCUCGCCUUUGUAGUGCCCUGAGCAGCCUGGAGCUGGAGCCCAUGUACAAUCCACUACGCAUGAGGAGCAACCUCUACAAGCAGCUGCAGGGUGAGCUGUCCCGGCCCCUGCACCGGCAGCUGGCUCAGCACCGCCCCAGGGAGCGACACCCACCCAGACAGCCCCUGAGCCGGCAGCCCCCCAGCAAGGCCAGGGCCACGGUGGCACCCCUGCCGAUGGCGGCCCCCGCACCCAAAGUGCGCACAUCCAUGGCCAGGAAGGACACCUGCGAGCUCUCCCUCUUCUCUGAUGAGGACGACCAGGCCUAAGCGCCGGUUGCAGCCCCUGCCCCAGCAACCGGGGCUCGGGCUGCGCCGGGCCCCAGGCCUGCUGGAGCCACGUGGGCCGGCGCAGGAAGUGGUCAGGCCAGUGCCGGAGCUGCUCUUCCCCGGGCGCUUCCCACAGCCAGUUCCCUUGUUGCUGUUCUGCUUGGUUGUUAGUUACUGAGUCCGUCUGCAGGAAGCUGCUGCCCACGAGACCCCCCCACCCCCCUGCCACACACAGCCCCUCCGUCCCCACCAGCACCAGGCAGCCCUGCGAGGGGGCUGGUGCAUCCCGCAGCGCAGGGAACCUGCCCAGCACCCCCAGGACACAAUACCAGGGGCAGAAGGGUUCCUGAGGCAGGCCCUGGAUGGUCUGAGGGGGGCCCAACGUGACAGAGGCCCCCCACAAGUGCCAGUCUGAAGCUAGGCUCUUCCCUUCCCCUCUCCCCCAGCAGUCCCUAGACAGCCGUUUCUGCUCAGGCCUGCCUGGCUUCACAGCCCUGCCAGGACGGGGCUGCAGCAAGCAGGGUCCCGGGUAGGCAGCGAGCUGCCUGGAGCCAUGCACGUGUUGCAGCGCGGGGUGGGUGCACCACGGGGUGCCGUGGAUCCUGCGGCUGCCCCAGUCCUGCAGCAGCUAGGUAUCUUGUGUGCUCCCCUUGUUUGGAUGGUCCUGGUUGUGUGGUUCCACAAUAAAGUUGUGCAGUGUG